CAAACCACUCGGCACGCGUUUCCGCGCUCGCUCAUCGCCGUCUGUGCCCCAGCUGCACGACGGUUCGUGGCGCUUGUAUCGCUCCGUUAGCCGUCGAUGUUAAGGCGCAAACCCGCAGUAACAACUUCACGCUAAGUGGUGAAGAACACACUUGGCCUCCACCACAGAGAGCCGACCGAGGAUUACCUCUUGGCACCCGAAGCCGUCUGAGGGCGUCGGCGGCAAGGAUGGUGCAACCCGGGCGAAGCACGUCUCCGCGCCUAUCGCGUCUGCAGCCGACGGAGAAGUCGUCGCUCAACUUCUUCCAGCACUGGUUGCUUCCCCUGUUCCUGUUCCUCUUCGUGCCGCAUGUGGUCGUGUGUGUCAUAUUUUUCGUGGUCACCUAUGGGUCAUCUCUGGAAGAAGCGUUUGAACGGGGUUUUCAGCCCUUCUGGUACGACGCCUGGACACUGCACGGAUUGGGAACACCUCAGACGUGGGUGUUCCUCGCCUUGUUCAUCGCGUACAGCGGCCUCUCUUUACUCGUACUUCCUGGCAAAAUAUACUACGGUCCACCCACGUCAACGGGUCACCGACCCGUAUACCGAAUGUCCGGUUUUACGUACUACGUCAUCAGCAUGGCGCUAGCCGUGUUCAUUCUCCUCGUACAAGACGCGCGCGGCUGGUCCAUUUACCGGACCCUGCCAGGAGUGGCCGUUGCCCUUACGAUAAUCGGCUACGUCGUUACGUUGCUAAUAUAUAUCAAGGGCAAACUGUGGCCUUCGCCAGGGGAUCAUGGUACGACCGGAAGCUUUGUGUUUGACAUCUACUGGGGGCUGGAGCUGUACCCGCGCAUAGGACAGCGCUUGGACGUCAAGCAGUGGACCAACUGCCGCUUCGGAAUGAUGCUGUGGCAGCUUCUGGUGCUGGUCUGCUGGAAGGCUCAGGUCGAGACGACCGGCUGGAAUUGGGCCAUGGCAACGACGGCUUUGUUGCAGACGGUGUACAUCGCGAAGUUUUAUUGGUGGGAAGACGGAUACAUGCAGACAAUCGACAUCAUCGUUGACAGAGCGGGUUACUACAUCUGCUGGGGAUGCAUCUGCUUCUUGAGCCUCAUGUACCCCCUCACCAGCAUCUACAUGGUCGAACACAGUCCCGAGACUGGUUUUCUACGGGCCGGGCUCAUAUUUGUGGUGGGCCUCGUCAUGAUAGGACUUAAUUAUUGGACCGACUACCAGAGGCAGUUGGUUAGAGCAACGCAGGGAAAGUGCGUCAUCUGGGGAUCUUCACCGAAGGUGAUCAAGGCCUCGUACCGAGACGCGACGGGAAAACAAAGAACCAACCUGCUUCUGGCUUCGGGGUUCUGGUCACUCAGCCGUCACGUGAACUACGUCUUCGAGAUUCUCGCUGCGCUGUGCUGGGCGCUGCCCUCCGGAUGCUCCAGCGUCGUCCCGUACUGUUACGUCCUCUACCUCUGCGGGUUGCUCGUGCACAGAAGUUAUAGGGAUGAGGAAAAGUGCUCGACGAAGUACGGCCACUACUGGAAGCAGUACUGCGACCUUGUGAGGAGCCAAUUAGUACCUUAUUUAUUUUAGAACGCGCUAUAGGAUGAAAUAAAUCGCGGUUUUUGUUUCUUCGUUUGUGCGACACGUUAACGCUGAUGCAAGUUUCGAAUCAAAGUACUUGGGAUGAAGUGCGGCGACGAUGUGCGAACUAUUGCCUUUGCACGGACACUUCCUCAACUACCAGUGUUUCCCGAACGGCUUGUUCGGAAUAAAUCGUAAGAUUAUCUGUG